UUUAGAUGAAAAUUAUAUGAAGGGAAAACAUGGCAAAAUGAUUGAUUCACAUUUGUUGGCAGAGUUGGACGCUCUCAAAACGGAUUUAUCCAUCACUUCAAAGAAACUGGAAAGUAAAACUCAGGCCGUAGUUAUUUUACAUGAAGCUUUGGAACAAUGUAAAAAGGAACGUGACGAGUUCCGACAGAUGGCUGAGCAGGUCAUGAAUCGAUACCAGCUACUUCGUAAAACUCUAAGUCAAGGCACUCAAUCAGAAACAUUGUCGGCCAAGGCUUUGGGGCAAAUGCCAAGUAAAAAGUUGGCCUAUCUGCUGGUUGAGAGUCGUGAAGCAAAUCGCGCCUUGGAGCGUGAACUGGUCGAGAUGAACACCAAGUUAAGUGAUGCCGAGGGAGAUAUCAAGCUGUUGCGACAACAGUUACGAACCAGUUUUAAUCAGUCAACUUCACCAACAGAACCCCAUUCAGUUCCGAGUGACGAACGACAGAACCUUAUCUCUCAUCUGGAGCGGUUGACUGCACAGGUGAACGAGUUGGAGCGUGAGCUAUCUCGGUGCGUGGAUGAAAAACAGGAAUUGCUUUCCGAGCGCGAUAUUUACCGGAACAAGUGUGAUCGAUUAAAUAAUGAGCUGAACUAUGUUUUGCACGGAGAUGAGCGAAAAAUUGUGGACAUCGACACAUUAAUCAUGGAAAAGAAAUCCCUUAAAUACCGGUUGCAGGCGGUCGAAGAGGAGCGCAACUUGGCCAUGGCCACCCUGGCAAAAUACAAGAAAAUUUUCGAACGAAAAGCCUCCAAAGGCUCAUCGGUCGGAAGUGAUAGCGCGUUCACACCGAAUGGAUCGCCACAACACCCAAGUAAGUUGAUACUCUUUUGCCUGAAUCUGUUUAAGUGUUUAUGUUACUCAGUUUGUAGAGUGUACGUGACUUCAAGUCGUAUCGGGGCUCUAGAUCUUCACACCGUUGGAGUCAAAGUCACAGUUUUAUUAUGGGAAAUACUUACAAGCGGUUGCUUUUCUAGUCCCAUAGGAUUUGGCACAGAUGAAUCGGUUCACAGUACAAACACAGCAGAUGAAUGUCACAAUUUGUCCUUUUUUCGUGCGCUUCUACGGAUGUUGAAAUUUAAGACUUUUCAAAGCUUCAUCCAGAUUGUGCUUGAAUGA